AUGGCGCGUGAAACCCGUGUAGCGGCUCGAAUCAUCAUUGUCGCGUCGGCGAUGGAGUGGGGAGGAGAGCGUCGUUUGGUUCCCCGAGUCGAGCCUGCGUAUGCAGCGAGACCUCUAAAGGCCGGUUUCGGGUGGGCGUUUCGCGAUUUGCUCGUUGCAGGCCCAGGCGCGCAGGGAGGUCCAGGCAUCCAGGGCGUAUCGGCAGAAACAGAAUCAGCUGAGUUGCCUGAGGCGACCUCACCGGUUCCAGGCUGCUCCUGGUGGAGUACCAGCCCCCCCGUCACAUCAUUGAGCCCGACCGCGAAGGGAGUCGAACCCGGCUCUUCUGCCGAGGAUAAGGUGACAGGGUUACAGAGAGACCUCAAGCAAGUACACUCAAGGAGGAUACGACUCGUUCGGAAGCAUUGCUGGAUGAGUAUGAGGUGGAGGGAUGAAGCAACAUUUGUGAACCUGAGACUGCAGAUGAUGAACACCCGUCGGAAGAAGAAGAAAGUAAGCUACGCUGAACAACGUCGUUUGCUCACGGGGCCAGGGAGACGCCCUGGAGGUGAGGUGCUGCCUGUUUGUUUCAGCAGCAGCCGCAUAAGCUGGUCCUGGUGA